ACUGUAUUCUAUAGCUUGAGUGCUCUAUGAUGUGUUUGCUUGUUUUGUUAUUUUGGCAUGGUCUUAAACUUAAAUAUUGAAACAGUUACUUUAGUUUUUGGUGCCAGUGACUUGAAUUUUAAAGAGUUUAAUUUUGUAUAAUAAAUGCAGUGUUUUACUGCGUAUUCAAAUUCAACGUUAAUGAUAAGAUUAUAGCUUAUCCAACAUACAUAUUUAACCUCAACAUUUCGAACAGCACCAUGCUGUUUAAGGGGUGGCUUAAGAAUGUUUGAUGACGAUUCUGGACUGUCUUCAACUGAUGAAUUUGGCUGGGAGAAGGCGGAGAUAAAAAGUGAAGAAAAAUUGCAACUUGUAAAUAAUUUCAGAAUGGCGCUUUCUAGUAGAAGCAGUACGUCUUCAGAUGAAAGUGACGAUGAAAGUGAACCUAAAUCGCCCCUUCUCGAAGAAAAUAAGCAUAGUGAUAGUUCUGAUUCAGAAUCAUCAGGGGACAAUUCAUUGAAUUCGAAACAUAAUCCAGAACGUUCAAUUCCAAAAGGUUGUGUGAUAUCAUUAAGCUCUGGGGCACCGCUGCAGACUGAAGAGGUGUCGGGAGUGGACGGGAAGAUGUUUGCCGCAGACGGCUGCAAACCGGCCUUGUGCCUCGAGGACCUGACUGAGGACGAGGAGGUGUACCUGGUGCAGUGUCCCAACAGCGUCCAACCUGAAACUUUAAGAAAUCAGUUGCUGGUGUCGCCUGCUGCCUCGAGGAUAUCGGUUGAUGGCCAGGUGCUGGAAGUGUCAUCGCACAGCCACUGUUCCCAAGCGCUGACCUUUGUACUGCCGUCUCGAGAAGACCACAAUUGCCGACUGGUUCUUGUGAAACCUGCGGGCCAAAUCGUUAUCAGGGAGCACAUCGACGUUCCACAGCCGUCAGCUUCUGUUGCAAAGAAGAGAAAUGUCAUGCUCCCAGUUGGACUCAAGAUGAGGCAUCCUCUUUUGGGAGCAGAUUAUGAAAAGGAAUUAGAAAGCUAUAAUGAGUCACUGCAAAGGCAAGGCAAUAACUCCAAACUAAAGAAGAAGAAAAAGAAACGGAGAAGAGAGAGUGAUGGUGUCGAUAGUGUCAGUAACCUGGAAAGUGUUGAAAAUGUGCAUAGCACCAAAAAGCGAAAACUGUUUUCUAAUAGUAAGCAUGAUAAUUCAUUAAUUUAUAGUGAAAUACCUGUAAAGAGUGAAGAUGUUGGCUUGAUACACAGUGCUGUUGCUGUUAAAGAAUCAAAGAAAAAGUCUAGAAGUGUUGAGGCAACCCAAGAAAAGGAGAGUACAGGAGAAAGUAACAUACUGUUAAAGAAAGUGAAGAUUGAAAGGGAUUCGGAGGUAGAGUCUUCCACAAUGUCGGAUAAUAUAAAAGAACGCAAAAAAAGGAAACGUGAAAGUAGGGAAACCAGUUUUGAAACAUCAGCUGGUUUUUCUGAGACAGAAUUGGUAACAGGCUCAAAGAAAUUGAAGAAGAAGAUAAAGCUUGAAGAAGAGGAAACUGGCCCAGUUGAUACCUGUGGUUGGCUCAUCAGAAAUGAAAAUAUUCAGGCUAUUCAUCACAGUAAAAAAAGCAAAGGGAUUACAGCAUUAACCAACAAGGACAUUGCAGGUGUUUCAGAACCUUCACAAAAUAAUGGAUCACAGUUGGAUACAGAUUCAAGUCAAAUGGAGAGAAAAAAGAAAAAGAACAAAGGGAUGAAAAUCAAAAAGAAGUCACUCGAAGUUAAGGCAAACAAACAUCACACUGUCAUCAGUGUGGAAGUUAAUAAAAAGAAACACAAAGGUAAAGAUAGCAGUUACAGGUUCUCCAUUCCUCUAGACUUUGGAGCGAAAAAUAAAAACAAAACACAUAAACGGAAGUUGUCGUUGACCUUAUGAACUGUUUGUUAUCAGUGCUAUGCUAAUAAGAUUUGUGAAAAAAAAGUUUUUUGAUUUUUAUUUAUUUUACUGAAGUGGGGGGGGGGACAUUUUUUAGGACAUUUUUACUCCUGUGCACAUUUUUAAUAAGAAAUUUCAAAAUUUAUAUAAAAACUUGCACAAUAGUAAUUUUUGUGUUGUUAAUACAUAAUUAUUUGCACUUAUAGUACAACAGUGAAAAUCUAAGAUUAUUUUAAGAAGCUAUAUGUAUAGUUGUUACUACUAUAGCAUAGCUAAUCAUUGAGGUUAAAUUAAAAUUAAUGGAAGAAACUUUAUGUAAUGUUAAACUGAAUGUUAUUUUAGUUGUUCUGUUAUUAUUUAUUUUUUUCAGGUAUCAUUAUUUAUAAAAAAAACUAUCCUUUAUUUUCUUUUUCGUGUCCUUAAUUAAAUGUAGCAGUAAUUAUGAAGUUUUAAUUUUAAAACAUGAAAGUAGUUUUAGCUGGUUGUUACUGUUAGGUGCAGUUUUAAAAUUUUAUUUGUUAAAUAUUUUAUCAUUUUAAAUGAAAAUAAUAUGUGUGUAUUCUAAAAUAAAUGAGGUUUUCUUAUAGCCCAGUAACUAGUACAGCGUAAAGGGCCCCACAUACUUAGGCUCACAUACAGUAUGCAGAGCUUCAGAAGGUUCCCCUUUGAUUUAAACUUUGCUCAAGAUAGCAAAGUUGUGUCUAUUUAUGAAAAGCAUUUAAGAAUACGUUGGGCAGAUGAGUAGUACUGUUUUGUAUUUAUUUAGUUUCUAAAACUGUAAUUUUUUAGGAGGGUGAAAAAG